AUGACUUCGGCAUUGAGCAAGCGCCAGCAGGCGCGCAACGAAAAGAACCUGCAGGACCUUCUGCGCAAUGUUGCCGGCAAUAGCUUUUGCGCAGACUGUCAAGCGCGGAAUCCUGCUUGGGCAUCAUGGAGCUUGGGCAUCUUCCUGUGCAUGCGAUGCGCCACCAUCCACCGCAAAUUGGGCACCCACGUGUCCAAGGUGAAGUCGCUGAGCAUGGACAGCUGGACCAACGAACAGGUCGACAAUAUGAGGAAAGUCGGCAACACCGUGUCAAACAAGCUGUACAACCCUGACAACAAGAAACCGCCCGUGCCGAUCGAUGCUGACGAAGUCGACGGCGCUAUGGAGCGAUUCAUUCGACAAAAGUACAUCGCUCGCACCCUGUCGGUGGGAAAGAAACGUCCCGGCGCCGAUUCAGAUGAGACCCCGCCUCCGCUUCCCCCGAAAACACCGAGCCGAUUCGGCCUCCGGUCGGCCUCGUCCAUAUUCCCUCUCGGGUCGAAGUCAAAGAAGGCGGCCGCGGCCGAGCCUACCAGCCCCCGCGAUGCGUACCCCGCGGAGCCGCCUCUCCGGAGCCAAUCGUCGGGUGGAUUCGGUGUCAGCGUCGACCGAGACCGAUCGAAUGGGGACGACCUGGAACAGAAGGUUGCCAAGCUCCGAGACAUGGGCUUUAUGGACGACAAGAAGAGCGCUAUGGUACUGAAGGGAGUCGGCGGGAGCCUGGAAAAGGCGGUGGAGAGUUUGAUACGGCUUGGGGAAGGUGGUGGAAGAACGCCAACGCAGCUCACACCAGCACCUGGAAGGGCAGCUACGAUGCCAAUAUCCCGAAGUUUGACGCCGGGGGCACUCGCCGACACAGGCCGCGCUCGGCCAGUCAGUCCCGCGAGCACGAAUCCCUUCGAUAUGCUCGACACACCUCCUCCGCCCCAGCCGCUGUCCUCCCAGUCGACUGGGACUCUGCAGACCAAGAACCCGUACCUGUCGACGAACCCGUUCGGGCCCCCGCAGCAGGGCCAGUCAGCUCUGGAUCUCGCGUUCCAAAACAUGAAUCUUGCGCCACCAUCACAACCGUUGUUCCCGCAUCACACGGGCGGUUUGGUGCAACAACCAAACGGCCAGGUGAUGUACCAGCAGCCCGCCAGCGGUCCCUUAACCGCUCCACUGCCUGCUGCAACACAAGGGUACUACGACGCACCAGUCAACGGAAGCCAAACCUACCCACAGCCUCUGCAACCGACGCACACUGGCUUCAACCCGUUCUUCCAGUCCCAGCCCCAGCAGCAACAGCAACAGCAUCAUCAUCAGCAGCAGCAGCAGCAACAAGCGUUGUCUGUGAACACGGCGCAGUUUGGGGGGAAUAUCACCAGCAACCCGUUUACACGGUCACCCACGAGGAUCCAGUCGCCCACUCUCUCCCAGAUCCCCGAGCAAACCCAGCAAAACUUCUACACCCAACCAACGCCGACCGCACAGCCAGCGCAGCAACCACCGGCAACGAAUCCGUUUUUCAACCAGUUGACACCUCCCGCGCAGCCGUUCUCCGGGCAGAUGCAGAUACCGCAGCAGACAGGUCUAAACCCACAGGUCAACGGGUUCCUACCACCGAACCACCCGCAGUACCAACAGUACCAGCAAUACCAGCAGUACCAACCCCCACGCCAGGACAAAGCGUCGAUCAUGGCACUGUACAACAUGGCCCCAUCCGCCCCGAGCCAAAACCCGUUCCCGACCCAGGUCGCAAACCAGGUCACGCCCGCUCAGACUCCGAACUCGCCAUUCCCACCUCAAUCACUACCACAGCAGCAGGGUUACCCUCAACAACCCCCACAACAGGCCCAACCGGUCCAACAACAACAGCCACUAACCGCCCAACCAACCGCGCUAACAAGCAAGAACCCAUUCAUGCUAAAUUCCGGAGGCUCUGCUGCCACGGCAGUAGCAUCGGGAGGUGGUGUGCCACUGCAGCCGCCACCACCGCAGCCGACUAAACAGCAUAACGUCAGUCGGGAGAGUGUCAUGGCAUUGGGGUUGGAUUGGUCGAAUGGGCGGCAUAGUCCGGAUGCGUUUGCUAGUUUGAGUGCGAGGGAUACACGAUAA